GAUAUUUAAUUUGUGUUCGUCAUUCUACCUGGAUGGCUGGAUAUGAUUUCCAUGUCAUCUGAAUUGCAUGUAAUAUUACACAUGUUCCACGUAUAUGCGCGGCUUUGGAAUUUAUGUGCAUAGUGGCCAUCUAUUAGGAGUCUCCAAAAUGGAAUAUAGAUUCUUCAAAUUUCCAAUUCUUUCAAGUCAAGGAUUAGUCAUUCGUGGCCAAUUGGAGCUACUAGAGACUAGGGCACUUUGGCGGCGGCGUUAUUGGGAAGACUCGUCUGAUAAUGAUAGUGAUGAACUCUUACUAGGGCCCCAAGACCAACCACCUAAGCUCAGCUCGCCUUUUAAACCCUCUGGAUCGGCGGGUUUCUUGGACUACGAACAAGUAGAACGAUGGCUCUCAACUUGCGAAACAGAGAGCCAUAUACAAUGUAUAGCCCCAAAGUAUUGGCAGCAGGGGCCUUCGAAGUUGAUUGAUUGCGAGACGCUGAGGCUCGUGGAGGCCGAUCCAUCAUAUCCCUACUUCGCCCUUAGUUAUGUUUGGGGCCAACAGCACCAUAAAAAGUCUAGUAGCUAUCAUAACGAGUCGAGGGGCCUCGCAGACUUGCCGGCAACUAUCCGAGAUGCAGUUGAAGUUACUCGCAAACUGGGCUAUCGAUACCUUUGGGUGGAUCGGUAUUGCAUCGAUCAGAAUGAUCCGGCUGAGAAGCACAGGCAAAUCAAAGAGAUGGGACAAAUCUAUCAUAACGCGUCCUUGACAAUCAUAGCAGCAGCUGGGUUCGACCCUGAUCACGGCCUAUUAGGAGUGUCUAAGAAACGCAAGGGGUCGCUUCAUAUUAAGACUACAUCCUAUGAGGGCUUUAAAGAGCUAAUUCAAAAGAUUCGCGGGAGUGUUUGGAUGGCUAGGGCCUGGACAUACCAAGAGGCACUUUUGUCCAGGCGUCGGCUAAUCUUCACAAACACGAAUGCAUAUUUCGACUGCCAGAAGCUCGGCCGAGCAGACUCGUAUGACGGUGACUCAUCUGGUGAUGACUUAGAUAGUGUCACAUAUGAAACUAUCACGUCCAAAUCAAUGUUCCACAGGGAAGAGUUUGGAUCUCGUCCCGAUGACGUAUUUGAUCAUAUAUCAGAGUACUCGCGAAGGAAACUCACAUACGAACAGGACUAUCUUGACGGGUUUCUAGGUAUCCUCGGCUAUCUGACCCAGGCACACCAAACUGUUCAUCACAUAUUCAGGGUACCAAUAUUACCCCCGGUGAAAGUCGACCUUAUAAAACGCACGAUUAGCUAUGACAAUAUAAGCUAUGAUUGCCAAUUUAUGAAUGGAAUGAACUGGAAAGUAGAAACUGGGAGGCGUCGCCGAGCAGAAGAAUUUCCCAGUUGGUCUUGGGUUGGCUGGUCCGGUUCGGUUACGUGGGCCAACAAGGAUAUAUCCAAGCAGAUGCUAUCGAACCCCAAGGUCUGGGUAGAGAACAAUGCAGGAGAGGUGUUAUCGCUACAAAGUUUUUACGAGCCAUUAGGUUCUUCACAUCUGGAAGAUUACCGCCUUUUCAAGGUUAUUCAUAUCGAAGCGGAGGUGUUUGAAGUCAAAGUAGUUUUUCUUCGCGAAAAGCUGCAUGGUAUGUACGCAUUCUAUUCCCCUGAGCUCUAUAUUGAACAACAGAUCGUGGGAAUCGGGCAUUGGGUGACCUGGGAUGCUCAAGGAGACCGGUCCGUAUAUGCGAAAUUGUAUCCAUUUGAAGACCUGGGGGAGGAUCCCUCCAGAAACAUUAUUUCUCAAACCCAGAACUUCAAAAUACUGAUAUUAGCAACAUAUCAUUCAGCCGACACGCAAGGAAAACUACUGCGAGAGAUCAAAGACGGGUAUGAAGUAGUGGGGCACGUAUCUCUUAAAAGAUACUACGGCCUAUUUCUACGCGACAUUCCAGAGAGGCUCGAGAGAAUCGUUUUAAUACCACACAUGGUACGAGAACGUGUUCGCCUAUUGUAAAUACACGAAAAGAUAAAUUAGCAACAUUGAGAUUAUGAAAUAACCUUGACAAUCGUUAGAUUCAACCACCGCAUCCAGUUUUAGUAGGCAGUGAGAGGAGUCAUCCCAUUCUACGGGUAUCAAGUGACAUAGGGGGCCUUUGCGAUGCUGUGGGCAGCAUAUGAAGUCACUCGCCACGAAUUAUAUGAUCUUUUAUCCGUGGCCUAUCAAUCAAUCAACCAAUCAUCUUGUAAGCCAGCUACCUAAGCAGUUUCUUUGUUCAUUCCUUGGCAUCAAGUACGCAGACUUGGAGAAAGGAAAGCCAAUAUCUAUG